GGGGAGAAGGAGCAGGAGGAGGAGGGAAAAAAGGGAGGAGGGAUUGUGCUUGAGUGUGUUAUGUGUGCAGAUCCUAUGAAGUGAACGCAGCCGGGGAGUAAAUUGUGCGAGCUGAGAGCCUCAGCUCUGCAUGUUCAAGCUGGCACUUUUAAUUUAGACAGAUUUUUUUUUCUUCUUCUUCGGCAAGAUCUUUUUUUUUCCUCCGCCGCUUGUGGUUUAUUAUCAGCUAAGACAAAGGCAGGAGGAAAGAGCUAAAAAGGAGAGAGACAUAGAGAGGGACGCGCAGUGAAUAGAUGUUGCGCAGCAGCUGACAGCAGAGGAAGCAGCAGAGAGAGUUUUCCAGCCAUCGUGUUCCCCGACCGCAGCCUCUUUUUUUUCCCCUCUUCUUCUUCCUGGGAGAUUAAAAAAAAAAGAAAGGACAAAAGCUUCUUCUCACCCCACACUCCCUCCUCCUCCAACCAACCUCUCUUGAGUGUGUGUUUUGUGUGCGCAUGUGUGUGUGCGCAUGAGGACGCCGAGGGUGUAUGGUGCUUCUUUUCUCCCAGCCCUCAAAGGCAUGGACUAAAAGAUGAUGCAGCCGGGAGCUUAGUGAGAACUCGCAUCGCGGAAAGAAAAAAAAAGCCCCUUCCCCUCAUCACCAAGAGGGCCAGACCGAGAGGAGCAACUCCCGGGGAGGGGGGAGGGGGGGUUAAAGGAGCAAAGGAGGAGGAGGAGGAGGAGAAGAGGAAGAGAGGAAGAGGAGAAGGGGGAUACCCUCCUUGGAUUAUUAUAGAGGGUCUUCCACUUUCUUUUUUGGGGGGUCUUUUUUUUUACCACUCUCCUCACCUCAAUCAUCUACUGCGAUGCUUUAAACCCGAAGAAUGUGGAGGCAACAUUUUCCAGGUAUUCGGCCCCAAAUCAUGAACGGGCCAAUGCACCCGCGCCCCUUGGUGGCCCUGCUGGACGGGCGUGACUGCACCGUGGAGAUGCCCAUCCUGAAAGACUUAGCAACCGUCGCCUUCUGCGAUGCCCAAUCUACACAGGAGAUCCAUGAGAAGGUGCUUAAUGAAGCAGUGGGAGCCAUGAUGUACCACACCAUCACCCUGACCAGAGAGGACCUGGAAAAGUUUAAAGCUCUACGCAUCAUCAUCCGCAUCGGCAGCGGCUACGACAACAUCGACAUCAAGGCGGCUGGAGAGCUUGGCAUCGCUGUGUGUAACAUUCCCUCGGCAGCUGUGGAGGAGACGGCAGACUCCACCCUGUGCCACAUCCUCAACCUUUACCGGCGAAACACCUGGCUCUACCAGGCUCUCCGGGAGGGCACGCGGGUCCAGAGCGUGGAGCAGAUCCGGGAGGUGGCGUCCGGCGCCGCACGCAUCCGCGGCGAAACCCUGGGCCUCAUCGGUUUCGGUCGUUCGGGCCAGGCCGUCGCGGUUCGAGCCAAGGUUUUCGGCUUCAACGUCAUCUUCUACGACCCCUACCUGCAGGACGGCCUGGAGCGCUCGCUGGGCGUCCAGCGCGUCUACACCCUGCAGGAUCUGCUCUACCAGAGCGACUGCGUCUCCCUGCACUGCAAUCUGAACGAGCACAACCACCACCUCAUCAACGACUUCACCAUCAAACAGAUGCGUCAGGGUGCAUUCCUGGUCAAUACUGCACGGGGAGGUCUGGUGGAUGAGAAAGCCCUGGCCCAGGCGCUGAAGGAAGGGAGGAUACGUGGAGCUGCCUUGGACGUCCACGAGACUGAGCCCUUCACUUUUGCUCAGGGCCCGCUGAAAGAUGCUCCAAACUUGAUCUGCACACCACACACAGCCUGGUACAGCGAGCAGGCCUCUCUGGAGAUGAGGGAGGCAGCCGCCACCGAGAUCCGAAGAGCCAUCACCGGCCGCAUCCCUGACAGCCUACGAAACUGCGUCAACAAGGAGUUCUUCGUCACCACGGCACCCUGGGCGGUUAUGGAUCAACCGGGAGUUCACCCUGAACUCAACGGCGCUGCUUACAGAUACCCGCCGGGUGUGGUUGGAGUGGCUCCAGGUGGCAUCCCAGGGGCGUUAGAGGGCAUGGUGCCCGGUGGGGUGCCCAUCGCUCACACCCUGCCCUCUGGUACACACCCCUCCCAAGCCCCAUCGCCCAACCAGCCCUCCAAACACGGCGAGACCAGAGAGCACCUCACCGAGCAAUAGCAGCAGAGAAGAGAUUCAAACUGCGACAUCUCAUCCAACCCGCUGACACUCAGAAAAAAAAAAACAACAACAACCAAUCACAAAGCAACCGACCAACUGGGACCAAGAGACAGUGAAACAAUACAAGUGGCUGCCUGUUAAACCAACCGGCAACUGGGAACAAAAGAAGUGUUCCGGGGAAUUUGUACUUUUACCGUUUUAGUUUUUACUCUCUGUCUCUUUGGGUUCAGUACCGACUUUACUCUUUGAUGAUGUUUUUUUUGUUUUUGUUUUGUUUUUCUUCAGGACAUGCCUAUGAUUGUGGACACAGAGUCCAGUGUUUUUAGUGCUCCGGGAUUAUUACCCGAUGAGACUCUGUCCCGCCCCCCCACCCCUCGCCGUACACCUCAGAGCUCAUGGGAAAUGUAGGCCCACAUCUCAACACGACAACGGAAGAACAAGAGAAAAACCUUUGGCAUCAUGUGCUACUGGACCUUAUUACCCCCUCCUCUAUCCCUUCCUCCAUCCUCUCCUGAUUCCCCCCCGCCCCAACCCUUCUUAUGUAACAAGUGUGUGUUGUUUAGGGCCCUCAUUAUGCCUCAGAAGAGAAUUAUAAUUUGUUUUUCUUUCUAUCCUAAGUGUGAAUGACUAAAAUGGAUUAUCAACAUAUAUAUUUAUCACUCAUCAAAGAAAAAGAUUGCUCAUCAGUUACAGUAAUCUAGAGUGGGUUUUAACCCUUUCCUGGCAAUAAUACAGCUUUGACAGCUAUCACACUUACAGAUUUGUACCACUAGAGGGCACUUCUACACAGCGUGAGGAGCAUCUUCUGCAACUUGUGACAACUGAGAUCUUUAAUAGCUCCAACAUACCGAGUGAUUCUUUUUAUAAGCUGUCAGUGGUUAACACUAAAUUAAAUAUUCACUUUAUACAUUUGAUUGUAGCUGAAGUUUUAGGGUAUAUGAAAAUAGAGGGAGCUGUUUUUGUCUGAGUUAGUGAUGUAUGACUGUGAGGAAAAUGUAAAAAAGUGAGGAGCCUGGUGUGACUGCAUGCGAUUCUUCUCCGCCGACAACCGAUCUUUGCUCCAGCAGGUGGCGUACAGGUCGAGACUCCCUCCCUUCUUUGAGCACAUUUCACACAGAAGACAGGAAAGGGUUAAAACAAACUUAAUUUCUUAAUGACUCAGGAAAACACUUUUUUGCAGAUUUUUUUUUUCCCUUCCCCCAGAAUUUUGUCUUUGAGGGGGACAAAAAGAAAAGACUAAUCUGUUAGUCUGAAUAUUUUCUCUCCUCCAUUCUCCUCUCCAUUGUGGUAUUUUUAUAUACAAGGCGCAUCCCAUGUUUUUGGUGUUACAGAGAUUUGAAGAGUCCUGUUAGAUUUGUAUUGCCUAGUUAAAUGUUCCUAUAACCAUAGUCCUAUGUGAUCCACCCUCUCUCUUCUCUCCUUCUUAUAUUUUCUUUGUUCUAUUGAAGGCCAGGUUCUUUGGGGCAUCCUGUACUCUGUAAGAGCAAUAGCUGAAACUCCUACUUAGUGUCCCAACAAUAGCAGAAGAGGCAGCCAGCAGUAUGUUUUUGUUUUUAGUGUGAGUAUUUGUAUUUGUUUCUUGUACAAGGUGAACAUUUAGCAUUCAGUGCAGUUCAAAUAAAAAGAUACGAUUCUGAGAACCA